GAAGCCCUGCUGAUUAGCUGGUUACUAGCUGCUAAACUAAUGUUUAUCGUAUCCAUUAUCAUUCUAGGAAGCACGAUCUCUGAAGAUGGGCGAUUUCCAGCAAGCCGAAGCGAACAACAUUGCGGCUCACAGCGUAAAAGUACAGAGUGAUCAUUUCAGUGCUGAGAAGAAAGCCGUGGCGCAAGCACAGCAGCGACAAACGGUGUCAUCGAGUGGAAUUUUCAAUCAGGAGAAGCACGUUUCGGCGGCCACACAAUCCAAGUUCACCUCCCACAGUAUGGUCACAUCGUCCUCGCAGAUGAGCACCCAUUCGACAUCGAUGAACGGUACCCUGAGUUUGGGAGAUGAGUUCCCAUCGUUUGAUGAUCUGGAGCGACUGGGAAACAAUCCUGCUGAGGUCGAGAAUACGAUACACAAGUAUUCCAACCAUCUGACGUCCUAUGUUGAAAAUCUACACAAUACAGAGCAAAUGAAAAAAGCACCAACCUUUCUGAACACGAUGAACGAAAUCAUACGAAGAGCUUGGGCUGUACCAACUCAUGGCCAUGAGUUGGGAGCUAGCCUAUGCGAGACACUACGAAAAACGGGAGGAUUGGAUAUUCUUAUGAAAAAUUGCAUAGACAAGGACUCGGACGUUCAAUUCUCAUCGGCGAGAUUGCUGGAACAGUGCUUGACCACCGAAAAUCGAUCACAUGUAGUCAAGAAUGGCCUGGACAAGGUGGUUAAUGUGGCUUGUGUGUGUACCAGAAACAACGCAACCGAUCAUUCGAGGGUAGGUACUGGAAUCCUGGAGCACCUGUUCAAGCAUAGCGAAGAUACAUGUUCGAAUGUGAUUCGAUUGGGAGGCUUAGAUGCAGUCCUAUUCGAAUGCAGGAAAAACGACGUGGAAACUCUAAGACAUUGUGCCGGCGCACUAGCAAACCUAUCGCUGUACGGUGGAGCAGAGAAUCAAGAAGCGAUGAUCAAUCGGAAGGUACCUUCGUGGUUAUUUCCACUAGCUUUUCAUCACGACGAAAACAUCAAAUAUUACGCAUGCCUCGCCAUCGUUGUGCUGGUAGCUAACAAAGAAAUUGAAGCGGAAGUGAUAAAAUCAGGUACACUAAACCUGGUGGAACCAUUUGUAACGUCCCACAAUCCGUCCGAGUUUGCCAAGUCCAAUUUAGCACAUGCGCACGGUCAAAGCAAACACUGGCUGCAGAGAUUGGUACCGGUGCUAAGUUCGAAACGGGAGGAAGCUCGUAAUCUUGCUGCAUUCCACUUUUGCAUGGAAGCGGGUAUCAAAAAAGAGCAAGGAAACACAAACAUCUUUAAGGAAAUUGGAGCAAUCGAACCACUUAUCAGGGUUGCCAGCUCGCCAAACGCAAUCGCGUCCAAGUUUGCAGCCCAAGCGCUCCGACUUAUCGGUGAGGAGGUACCGCACAAACUGUCCCAGCAGGUACCGUUGUGGUCUACGGAGGAUGUGCGGGAAUGGGUAAAACAGAUCGGAUUUACCGAAUAUGAGCAGAGUUUCUUCGAUUCGAAAGUCGAUGGAGAUUUGUUGCUACAGCUGGGUGAAGAUAAUCUACAAAUCGACAUCGGAAUGACCAAUGGAAUUAGGAGGAAGCGAUUCGAACGCGAGCUUCAAAAUCUGAAAAGGAUGGCCGAUUAUAGUUCACGGGACCCGGAUAAUCUGCACCUGUUUCUGUACAAAAUUGCACCAGAAUACACGAUCUACACGUACUCGAUGUUGAAUGCUGGAGUGGAUUUGGAAUCGAUUAAAAUUCUGGAUGACGAUCGGCUCAUAGCGGAGUGCGGUAUUCGAAACUCCAUUCACAGAACCCGGAUAAUGAACGCAAUCAAGAGUAACGAAGCCAUUUCGUCCCUGACGUCAGAAAAAAACACUGAGAAAAAUUUGGACGUCUUUGUGAGCUAUCGGCGGAGCAACGGUUCCCAGCUGGCUAGUCUGUUGAAGGUACACCUGGAACUGCGCGGGUUUUCGGUGUUCAUCGAUGUAGAGCGGUUGGAGGCGGGCAAGUUUGAUAACAAUCUGCUGCAGAGCAUUCGGCACGCGAAACAUUUUCUGCUGGUGCUGACGCAGGAUGCAUUGGAGCGAUGCGUCGAUGAUGUGGACGGCAAGGACUGGGUACAUAGGGAAAUCGUAGCGGCACUUAACUCUGACUGUAACAUUAUCCCCAUCAUCGACAAUUUCCAGUGGCCGGAACCAGAACGUCUACCGGAAGAUAUGCGCGGUGUGUGUCACUUCAACGGUGUCCGGUGGAUUCACGACUACCAGGAUGCGUGUGUGGACAAACUAGAAAGGUACAUACGGAAUACCGCUUAUCGUAACGGUCGCUUAAGCGCAUCGUCGCAAAGGUCGUGCCAUUAGCAUGCUCGAAUCUCUUUCUAACAGAGCCAGAGCUCCAAGUGAAAACAAUGCAAUGAACUGUCACAACUGCCAAUGUUUGUGUGUGUGUUUCUACUAGCAAUAAAACGCUACCAUUACCAGUCCACUAGCGCUAACACAAACUACUCAUCACUAGUACUGCCGCCAGCUCUCGUCAAAAAGCCGAUCUCAACUCGCUGUGUGUUGGGUGUAAAAGUGUGCGUGUGAUACUCAUUGAAUCAUUAUGGUGUUUGGUUUAGUACUCGGUAGCGGAAUGUAUUAUAACUAAACGGAAUGUUGAAACCUAUCGCCCACCGUUGGACUAACGAUGAGCCGUGCAGGAAGCGUGAUGAGUGCCUGUUGGUCAUAAAUCAAAC